UGGUGGACCGGGACCAAACACAAGCAUUACAAGGGAGGAGGGAGCAUCGAACGGGGUAGCUCGUGCUCUCUACGCAACGAAAUAGUCAGCAAUCAUGUUCUCCCGUGCAGCAAUGGAGGCGGCUCGGGUUGCACGGUCCGUCCCUUUGAGAGCCCGCGUGGCUGCGGCGGCCAGCGCGGCGGCAGGGGCCGCGGCGGUGGGAGGCGCGACGGUGCUCUGCGACGACGCCGUGCACACGGCGGAGUACGACUGGCCGCACUCAGGGUUCCUACAAACCUUCGACCACGCAGCAAUCCGCCGAGGGUGGCAGGUGUACCGGGAGGUCUGCUCGACCUGCCAUUCGAUUAAGUUCGUCGCCUUCCGCAACCUCAUCGGAGUUUCCCACUCGGAGGCCGAGGUUAAGAAGAUCGCGGCGGAGUUUGAGGUAGAGGACGGGCCGAACGACGAGGGCGAGAUGUUCGAGCGCCCCGCCAAGCCUUCCGACCGCAUCCCCGGCCCGUACAAGAACGAGGCCUCCGCGCGCGCGGCUAACAACGGGGCCUACCCCCCGGAUCUCUCGCUCGUGGUGAAGGGGCGCCACCUGGGGCACCACUACGUGAUGUCCCUUCUGACGGGCUACACCGAGCCCCCCGUUGGCAAGGACCUCCUACCCGGACUUCACUACAACCCCUACUUCCCCGGGACGUCUAUCUCCAUGCCCCCUCCGCUCAUGGACGGUCAGGUCGAGUACCCGGACGGGACACCAGCCACCGUAUCCCAGAUGGCCAAGGACGUGACCACCUUCCUCGCGUGGUGCGCCGAGCCGGAGAUGGACGAGCGCAAGCGCAUGGGCAUGAAGUGGUGCUCGGCCAUGUUCCUCGGCCUGGCCCUGUCUAUGUACUACAAGCGCUUCCGGUGGUCGCCGCUCAAGACCCGCAAGAUCACGUACCACGACAUCAACCGCUAACGAUAGCUGCGGUAGUUUUGACCGAGGCCAACGCAUUCCCGUUAAUAGAAGUGCGGUUCGUUUUCGCUGCCGCCCCUGGGGGAUAUGAUGUUGCGGGGUCGAGUUCGGUUUUUACUUGUGGUAAACACAGAAGCGGUGCUCCGUAGGCUGGAAUCACACCUCCUCCUGCAGGAUACGCACGCACACUUGGCUUUGGAGGGCCCAUGGUGGGCCAGGGGGAAAGGGGAAGAAAGGGGAAACGUGACGCGCAGAAGAGACACUUUUAUGCUUUUGGCGAAGACCUCUUGAGCAGCGUCGUUGGUCGUUCGCGCUCAUGAGGGGGUGACGUUGGGAGGAAGCCCACACUGGUGGUAGUCUUGAUAUUCGCCUCAAGAGCAAGGAAGUUUUUCUGGCCGUGGUGUUUAGGGUGGUCGAGAGCUGCAGUCUAAAGCGUCCAUUUCGUUUGCUCGACGGGAGUCCUGCCCCUCCCUUUGUUUGCGUUUUGUGAAGGGUUUGGCCCCAACCAAGGGGACAGCGAUCGAUGAUCGAUCGGAGGAAAGAGAGAAGCAAGCGGGGAGGGAGUUGAAGAGGUCUGGGCAAGGUCGUGUGGCGUGAGCUACAACGGUGCGUGAGCUUCAUGCAACACCUCGCUUCAGUUGCGGGAAGACGUUCGACAUCACUAAGUAGGAAUUUUUUUUCUAGCCACCAUGUUCGUUCGUGCAACGCCGGAUGAUGUGCGUCAGGAAUCUGCACCGAAAGGAGUGUUAUGGCCAGCACCAGCGCGCACACAUGCGCGCGCCUUGGGUCCUUGUGCGCAACUUAGCCACCUGGCAGUGCGGUGCAGUUCGGCACGUCAAUCCUUGGUGUUAGAAGUAGGCACUCUUGAAACGCCCAGCCAGAGUGCAUUAACUGCUGUGACUUCGAUCCAUGGCAGCAGUUGGUGCCGAAGGGCAUCAACUUGCUGUGGACUACGCACCGACUGCUUCUUUCGAGGUCGACUCUUUGGCACCCGACUAAACAGGUGAUGCCUUUGCACAACGCCUGGGUGGAAUAAAGGCCACCUUUGCUCCUCGGCGGAGAACACCCGAGAAACGGCGCAUGUCGGCGUGUUGGGAUACACCCACGGGUCACACGCAAGCUGAGAAGGUUGCCCCGGAAGCGUUGCUGCUGGCUUGGAACACGGUACGGGGGCUUCGUGUUUGUGGUCCACAAGCAAAAAC